GGUCACACAUUUCGGUCUCGCUUGUCCGACUGUGCGCGCAACGGUGCGCAAGACAGCAAACAUCGCAACAAGCGUAUAGGGUUGCUCCUAAUUCGCAUAGAGGCUAGUAAGAGUCCGUGGUGUCGCAGGAAGGCGCACGUAAAGAGCGCAGGGAAUUGCACUGCUACGAUAACCACGUUUUUGCACGCGACCAUGGAGCAGCUGGAAGAGAAGAGCACCAUUGUGUCCGUCGCUGCGCACCCCGCCGCUGCUGCCCUUCCUUCACUCCACCCUACCUCCGUUUACGAGGCAUGCACUGCGGCGACUGUGGCAAAUACCCCCGCGCAGGCGGCGGAUGACUUCGCGGUGCUCGUCCCGCUUCUUCAACGCGCGCGGACGCAGCGCCUGCCUCCGCCGUCCUUCACCUCUGCGCCGGCCGUCCCUCUCCCACUGUGGCAACAGGUGGUCCUCUCCUCGCUCAACGCGCGGAAGACAACGAUGCAAGAGCAGCAGAAGUUCAAAAACAUCCGCCAAAAGGUGAGUAAGGAACUCACACGGUACCACCUGGAGUUGCAGGAGCGGGCAGAGCGGCAGCGGCAGCAGCAGCGCGAGGCACGCGCGCAGGCAGGUGAGCGGGUGGCGGCGGGGGUGCGGAGGUUCUGGUCACGCCGCGGCGACGGCUAUCAGCAGUUGAUGAGGGUGGAGUUUGAUGUGGUGAAGCAUCAGCAUGAUCGUCGUAAGCAGGAGGACCUGCUUCGUGAGACGGAGGCGUUGACUCGUAAGCUGCUGGAAAGCUUCUUCAACGCGUCCAACAAAACGGCCGCGUCCGCCUCGCCGUUGACGGAUGCGUCUCCUGCUGCGAUGACUUCUCCCGUGAACACCACGGCGAAAAAGGUGCGAGGUAGUGCAGAUGCGUUGGACCCGCUUGAGAGCCCUGACAGCGCGUACCACAACGGAAGCUCUUUUUGGGCCCAAGUGGGCGAUGACGACGACGUUCCUAUUGAACACGCUCUCUCUCUCCUCGACACCGAUCAGGGGAGGCGGCCGCUGCGGCACUACCAGCGCUCCUCGCUUCGCUGGAUGGUGCACCUGUACGAGAACAACCUCAAUGGCAUCCUCGCCGAUGAGAUGGGGCUGGGCAAGACGGUGCAGACCAUCGCGCUGCUUUGUUACUUUGCCGAAUAUCGAAACGACUGGGGACCGCACCUCAUCGUGGUGCCAACCACUGUGGUGCUGAACUGGAAGGCGGAACUGGACCGCUGGGCGCCGGGACUAAAGGUACUGACGUACAUCGGCGGCGCGAAGGAGCGCCAUCAGCUGCGCAAAGGCUGGACCAGCGAGGAUGCCUUUCACGUUUGUGUCACGUCUUACAAUUUGGUUGUGCAAGACCGCAAGGUGUUUCGCCGUCGUCCAUGGGGCUUCUUGGUGCUGGACGAGGCACACCAAGUUAAAAAUUUCAUGAGCAUUAAAUGGCAGUCGCUCUUUGACUUGCAGGCCGAGUACCGUCUGCUGCUGACCGGCACACCGCUGCAGAACUCAAUCAUGGAGUUGUGGUCUCUCUUUCACUUCUUGCUGCCCUUUGCCUCUGCCUUCCGCUCCAACGCGGAGUUCAAGGAGUGGUUCAGCAACCCAAUGGACGCCAUGAUUACCGGACGCUCCUCCCUGAACGAAGACAUCGUGCGCCGUCUUCAGGCCCUCAUCCGACCCUUCAUGCUGCGCCGGUUAAAGAAGGACGUAGAGUCGCAGCUGCCGACAAAGACGGAGAAGGUGGUGCUGUGCCAGCUCUCACGACGCCAGCGGUCUUUGUACGACGAUUACAUGCAGCUUGCCGACACGCGCCAGAAGCUGCGCGGCGGCGGUGCUGGUGGAGUACUCAGCGUGCUGCUGGCGCUUCGUAAAGUGUGCGAUCACCCCGACCUCUUUGAGGAGCGACCGACCGUGUCACCUUUCGUGUUGGGCUAUGAGGCGCGGGUGGAGCAGGUGGUGCCGCGCGCCGUCCUUCUGCACGGCAACGCAACGAUGACGACCGGCGAAUCGCGUUUUCCGUGCUUCUAUGUGGACGACGUCAACGAGGACGAUUGUGCAUGCCAGUACGAGACGGCGCAGGAGGAGGAAAAUGCAAGGUGCGGUGCGAGGAGGAGGAGUAACGCGUGUGGCGUUGCGCGUGCUCAUCGCAACGCAUCGUCCUGCCUCUUCUUCGCGUCUCUCGCAGGGUCUUCAUCGAUGCCGUGGUGGGCGGCACAGCCACUAGUCGACCUUCCAGCUGUGACGAACGCACAGGGGCUGACGAACUUUGCUGAGCGCUUUCGUCCACCGGUGUCGUGGAAGGGGAAUACCCGCUUCUUGAGUCCUCUGAAGGCGAAUAGAGGGAAGGUCGCAGGCAGCGGGCAGCCCGGCCCGCGGCAAUGUGAUGGGUCCACGCUACACGCAGCUUAUCUUGCUGCCUUGCAAGCGUCAGCAGGGGCAUCCGCCUCGCGGGCACACCGCACCGCUGCAGCGCAGAGGCUGCGCUACCACGCCAUGCAGUGCGCGCGGAACAUACACACACCGCAGCCCUGUGAGCUCGAUCUGUGUCAGACACGCCUCGCGCGUAACUUCCCAGCGCUCUGCCCCAACAUCGCUGACAGGGCGGCGGCUCUUUUCCCCGUGGUGGAGAAGAUGUGCGUGUACGUGCCCGCUGUGCUGGCCCCACACGCGCCGCGGCUGCGGUGGCUGCUGCCAGUGACCAACACAGCGCCCUACGAAUCGCUGGACCGGACGGCGUGUGCGACGCUCAUUGGUGCUGUCGCGAAGCGCCAAGAUGCCCACCUCAGUGGCCGCCGCCCGCCGCGCCAGACGUACGACGCCGCCUUCUUCUUACGUGAGCUGUGGGCGAUCCAAGUGCGACGCAGCUUCAGCUUUCCCGACAAGCGUCUGCUGAUUCACGACUGUGGCAAGUUGCAGUUUCUCGAGGCCGCGUUGAAGGAGAUGCGGCAGGAAGCGCAUCGUGCGUUGAUUUUCACGCAGUUUGUGCACAUGCUGAACAUCCUCGAGCGCUUCUUGGCGCUGAUCGGCGUGGCCUAUCUGCGGUUGGACGGCUCCACCAAGGCAGAGGUGCGGCAGCAGCUGGUGGACCGCUUUAACGCGGACGCCCGCGUCACGUGCAUGAUCCUUUCCACCCGCUCCGGCGGCGUCGGACUCAACCUGACCGGGGCUGAUACCGUCAUCUUCUACGACAGCGACUGGAACCCGACGAUGGACCUGCAGGCGCAGGAUCGGUGCCACCGCAUUGGGCAGACGCGGCCGGUCACCAUUUACCGCCUUAUCAGCGAGCACACGGUGGAGGAGAGCAUCCUGCGGAAGGCGCGUGAGCGGAAGAAGCUGAACAACGUCGUCAUACGAGGUGGGCAGUUCCACACGAUUGCGGGCGUCAAUGAACAGUUCGACGACAGCGCCGCUGCGUUUGCCGCGCUCUCUGACCCGGUGAACCUGCGGAGUUUCUUUCACGAUUUGGACGAGGACGCGACUGUCGCGGACGCCGACGCUACUUCCACGGCGGGGGCCACGCCGACGACUGGCUUUAGCAUGCUGGAAGAGAUGGCAAACGUCGAGGACGAAGAGGACCGGAUGGCCGGCCAGGAGUUUCAGCGCGAAAUUGCCGAACGUGAGGCACAGGAAGCUGCGGCGGGGGAGAGCGACGACGACGACGAGGGCCGUGGCGGUGACCCGCUGCAGGGGAAACGCGUAUGGUUUGACCAUGAGGGCGAUGGUGUGCACACGCCACGAACAGCUGAGAGCCAGCAAGCGUCUGUCGCCGUGGUGGACAGCGCGGCUGCCGCUGCGGCUUGGCGACGAAAAGGACCGAACACGUUGCGUGAUCUUUACCUCUGGAGUCGCACGGAAGCUUCACGUACGGAUAUCGUAGCAGCCACGGGAAAUACCCACACACCGGCCCAAGGCGCGGAGACGGACAAGGUGGUUCGUCUCGCCGUGCGCAAGCGCCAGCGUGAGAUGGUGCGCAAGGCGGCGCUGCCUGUGGACCAGUUUGUCACGCUGCAGUACGGCCGGUGUCAACGCGAGGACGCGGAGGAUCGGUACGACGCCCUGGUGGAGGCGUACACCGCCCAAAUGGACGAAAUGGACUCGCACGCCGACGACGAGGACGGGGAUGAAGAGGGGGCAUCAAGUGCGCGACUUCCUCGUUUCCGCGCCGUGUACAGGCUGGGCUCCACAUGA